AGCUGCGGGGUUCGAAACCCCAGUGCUGAGGCAGCGUGUGCUGAGAAACAAGGAAGUGGGGAGCCCCAGGCGGCUGAGCGGCGACAUGUCUGAGCUGCAGGAGCUGCUGCAGAACUCCAUCCCUUUUGCGAGGGGGGUCCUGUGGGACAACUACGGCAACCUGCUCAAAGUGGCUGAUUACUGCGAGAGCAACUAUGGGCAGGCACAAGACAAACGGAAAGCCCUUGAGGAAACCAUGGCUUUCACAACUCAGUCACUGGCCAGUGUGACCUACCAAAUCAGCAACCUGGCCAACGACAUCUUCAAAAUGCUAGACUUGCAGGCCACUGAAGUCCGACGAAUGGAAGCCAAUGUCUCCUCCAUCACACAGGUGGUGGAAAUGCACAAGGAGAAAGUGUCCCGCCGAGAGAUUGGGACGCUUGCCGUUUGCAAGUCAUUUCCGCACUACCAGAAAAUCAUCUACCCUAAACACCUUGAGCCCCUGGAAGCGUAUUACAGAAAGCCGUUGAACUUCAGCAGUUUGGAUGAAAUUGGCCAUGGGAUAAAGGAUCAAAGCUCACAGCUGGCCAGAACAGGGACUCUGUCCCGGCGAGCAACCAAGACAGCAGCAGCGCAAUCAUCCGGGAGCCUUGGGAGAAGCCACCGGGUACCGGAGCCGAUACGGCCACCAGUCAUCCCAGACGGAAAACUCUCUUCAGCCUCGUCAUUGUCCUCCUUGAGCAGCCUCACAGGAGCGACAGGCAGCACGAGUAUGAACCCAACUCCUGAGCCACCUCCCCUUCCCCCCUCUAUGCUGUCACCGAUCCCUCCGUCAAUAGAAGCAGAGAUCCUUCCUCCUCCUCCUCCAUCAGAUAUAUUACCACCUCCACCUUUUGCAAUUGAUGAUAUACUUCCACUGCAGCUCUCUGAGCCAGAUCUUGAUUUCCCAGCAUCCCCACUGCCACCACCUCUGGACAUUAUUAAUUCGGAGCAGCUGAGACCUCCACCCCUGCACCCUCCACCACCCCCGGAGAAAUUGCCAUGGGCCCCCGACACCUACCUAGAAAAAGUAGUGACCUUGUACCCUUACACUCAGCAGAAGGAGAACGAACUCUCUUUUGCAGAGGGGGCCAUCAUUUAUGUGACACGGAAAUACUCAGACGGCUGGUGCGAAGGGGUGAUGCGCGACGCAGCGGGGUUGUUCCCAGGAAACUAUGUCGAGCCUUUGCACUGAAGGUGGCGGAAUGGAAGCUAGAGAUCAAAACAGUUAAAUUUAAGUUCCCAAGAACUGUGCCUGGAAUGGGACCACCUCGUCCCUGCUUUGAAGAAAGCAUGUAGAAGCAAUCCUGUGGGGGUGUUGGUGUACGGUAGGGUGACCGUAUGGAAAGGAGGACAGGGCUCCUGUAACUUUAACAGUGGUGUAGGAAAGGGAAU